AUGUACAACCUGAGUAACGACCACACAGGUGACUUCACCCUUUUGGGCAUCCCUGGCCUCGGGCAGUACCACGUCUGGAUCAGCAUCCCCUUCUGCUUUAUCUAUCUCGUGGCCAUUGUGGGCAAUAGUAUCCUUCUCUACCUCAUUGCUGUGGAACAUAGUCUUCAUGCACCCAUGUUCUUUUUCCUUUCCAUGCUGGCCAUGACAGAUCUGAUACUGUCUACCACUUGUGUCCCCAAAACCCUUACCAUCUUCUGGCUUGGUCCCCAGAAAAUCAGUUUUCCUGGUUGUCUGACCCAGUUAUUCUUUCUGCACUGCAGCUUUGUCCUAGAUUCAGCCAUCCUGAUGGCCAUGGCAUUUGACCGCUACGUGGCUGACAUCUCCGUCAACAUCUGGUAUGGCUUUGGUGUCCCCAUCAUGACGGUCAUCUCAGAUGUGAUUCUCAUUGCCGUUUCUUACAGCCUCAUCCUCCGUGCCGUCUUCCGCCUCCCCUCCCGGGAUGCCCGCCACAAAGCCCUUGGCACGUGUGGUUCCCAUGUCUGUGUCAUCCUCAUGUUUUAUACACCCGCCUUUUUCUCCAUCCUUGCCCAUCGCUUUGGGCACAAUGUCUCCCGCACUUUCCACAUCCUGUUUGCCAACCUCUACAUAGUUAUUCCCCCUGCACUCAACCCCAUUGUCUAUGGAGUGAAGACCAAGCAGAUCCGAGAUAAGGUCAUACUUUUGUUUUCCACCAAGGCUACGGAAUGA